GCCGACGGACGCACAGCGAAGUCGCACGUCGGGCCGGUGUGGCCGCUGCGCCCCGCGGCCGGCCGGGCCGGGUGGCUCCGGAGCGCCGCGGAGCCGAGAGGAGGGAGGCGGCCGGGGAGACAUCCCGGUCUGUGGCCGGGAGGCCGGCGCGGGGGACCGGGAGAGGGGCAGCGGGAGCGGGCCUGCCGGGCCAGGCGGACGGCGAGGCUCGGGACUCCCCUUGCACCGACUGGGGCGCUCUCUCGUGUGGCUGUCAGCGGACACUCCUCUUCUGGAGCCUUCCACAGUGGCACUCAUGGUUUCUCAUGGUGUCGCUUCUCGGCUCUUUAUGCUGACACCGCGCUUUUCAAGUACCAGCAGGAACCAAGGACUUUUGCUCGUAUGAAAUACGGGACACUCGGAAGAGCGCAUCUUCCGACGCAUUCCAUUUUCAUUUUAAAUGUACUACCGACCGCUCAAAAGUUCAUUAUCUCCACCGGCACCCUCAGGACAAGGUCUUAAAAACAUUCCGCCGAAAGACCUGAUUGUUACUCAGUGUUCUCCAGCCAUUAGGAAGAACCACUUCAGCCCUCAGGGAAUUGCAUAUAAAUAGAUAUUAGGGCUUCUUGCUGUUUUUAGGCUGGGAGUACUUGGAUGGAUCCAUCUUGUUCAUAGUUCCGAACUUCUCUGCAACUCCAGAGCACGGUGGUACAAGCAAACGCUCCGUGUUGGCUUUGCUCCAAAGCAACCCGCCCCAAAUGGGGUAUUCUUCUGUAUACCAUGCUCCCAAACCGGUGCCCCCGUUUUCACCAAAUUGCACCUUUGUUUUUCUUCCCACGUUUAUGAGGCACAUACUGUGUCAAACUGCAGGAGGUGGGAUUAUAAAGACUUUAAUCGUGUAUGAAUAUUUCCACAAUGGGUGACAGGAUCCAUUUCUGAACAUAAAGUUACUUGGCUACUUUCCCCAUUGACCCUGAACUAGACAGUGUCCCUCUCUUAGGACUAUUUGAGAAGUUUUUGUUGUUUGUUCUGCAGAGCAACAUUUUAAAAAUCUUUUUAAAGAUUUACUUAUUUGUUUUUAAUUUUUAAAAGAUUUUUAAAAGUAAUCUCUACACCCAGCGUGGGGCUGGAUCUCCCAACCCCAAGAUCAAGUUGUGUGCUGUACCAACUGAGCCAGCCAGUCAUCCCUCUGCUGAGCAACAUUUUAGAGGAAUGAUGUUCAACUUAGCAAGUAGAUGUCAGCGAUCUAUACAUACCGAAACUUUUCAGGUUAACUACCACUGUGUCCUUUCAUUACUCUUUUUGAAGUCCCUACUCCAUAAACACAAGUUCCAGUAUUUCUCAGACUGUUAUCACUCAGCUGCUUCCCUAACAAUGAAGCUGCUUAUAAGACUCAUUGGUGCUCAAAGGAGGCAAGAGGAGAAAACUUGCUCCCUGAGAUCUGCAUGGGCAGGCAAGGGGUUGUCACAAAGAGGGACUUACAACACCAACUCAAAGUGGGUUUCCUUGUGGACCUUUGACAUGUGAGACAUUUUAAAGGCUCACUAGAUAUUUUCAGAGUGCCACUCACUCUCAUGAUUUCUGAUGAUUCAGAAAGAUGGUGCACCUGGGGGGCAAAGUUUAUGGAAGAUUUUUUUUCUAGUCUUGUUUUGUAUCUUGUCCUGACCAGACUGGCUUAGGAAGGGUUAUUAGUAUUUCAUCAGUUUUGGGAAAACAUGGAUGUAUAUACCUAAUACCAUGUGUGGUUCAUUGUUUUCGGUUGGAAUGGAGGCAUGGCAACGUGGACUUCCAGCAGUUUAUAGGCCUGGCGCAAGCGCUGGUUUGUCCUCCGGCGGGGCCGCAUGAGCGGCAACCCUGACGUCCUGGAGUACUACAGGAGCAAGCACUCGAGCAAGCCCAUCCGUGUGAUCGACCUGAGCGAGUGCGCCGUGUGGAAGCACGUGGGCCCUGGCUUCGUGCGGAAGGAAUUUCAGAAUAAUUUCGUGUUCAUUGUCAAGACGGCUUCUCGUACAUUUUAUCUGGUGGCCGAGACCGAGGUGGAAAUGCUGGCGUGGGUGUACAGCAUCAGCCAGGUCUGCAACCUGGGCCAGCUGGAGGACAGCGCAGCAGAUUCCAUGGAGAGCUUCUCUCACAUGCCCUCCUCCCUCCAGCCAUCUCCUGCCAGCUCCCUUCCCACUGCCCAUGCUGUCAGCUCCCCCUUGCCGAGAGAUGACCUAAGUACCAAUUCCGUAGCCACUGAGGAAAGCAGAAGUGAGUCAGAGUCUCUCUCCCUUCCUGAUUAUCUGAUUCUGUCCAACUGUGAGACUGGAAGACCGCGGCAUGCCAGUCUGCCCACCAGAUGUGAGAGCUGGUCAAACUCAGACCGCUCAUUGGAACAGACUUCAUUUGAUGACGUUUUUGUUGACUGCCUGCAGCCCAUGCCCCCCAGUAACUUGGCUCACCCCUCACGCCAUGGGAGUGGCUCUCAGAAGGCUCCUUCCCUGAGGCCUCAGGCUGCCCUGAUAUGGAGUAGAGAUAUCAAUGGACCAACCAGGGAUCACUAUUCUUCACCAUUGCCGGAAACUUCCUUAAAUUCCACCAUUCAGGUAGAUAAAAACCAAGGUUCCUUGCCCUAUGAGGCAAAAGAACUAGACAUUGUGUCCAACAUGCCACCUCCUCGCCCCCCUAAGCCAAGCCAUCUCUCUGAACGGUGCCAAGAGAAGCAGCUCCCGUGGAGCGGGCACGGCAGCAUCAAGAAGCCAGAGUGCACUAUGAUGCCAAGAAGAAUCUCUCUCUCUGGUUUAGAUAACAUGAGAACCUGGAAAGCUGCUGUAGAAGGCCAAUCCUUAAGACACCGAGACAAGCGGCUUAGUUUAAAUUUGCCGUGCAGGUUCUCCCCAGUGUACCCCACGGCUUCAGCCGGGGCCGAAGAUGGCUAUGUGCCCAUGGGCCCCCAGGCAGCCAUCUCUGGUCUUAGAACCUACCGCAGCCAUGAUGACUACAUCCCAAUGAGCCCAGGAAGUGUCUCCAGCCCACUGCCUGAGCUGCCUGCAGACCUGGAGCCUCCCCCAGUGAACAGAGACCUCAAGCCUCAGAGAAAACCACGGCCACCUCCCCUGGACCUGAGAAACCUCUCCACCAUCCGGGAACAUGCAUCUCUAACCAGGACCUGCACUGUACCUUGCAAUCGAACCAGAUUUCUCUCUCCAGAAAGAAACGGUAUUAAUUCUGCAAGAUUUUUUGCCAAUUCUGUUUCCAGAGAAGAGGAAGAAAGCUACAUCCAAAUGAAUCAAAGAACAGCCAACUCCCUAAGCAGCGGUGCUCUGACAUGGACAAAGAAAUUCAGCCUGGAUUAUUUAGCUCUGGACUUCAAUUCAGCAUCACCAGCCCCUAUACAGCAGAAACUUCUCCUUUCAGAAGAGCAAAGGGUCGACUAUGUGCAGGUGGAUGAGCAGAAGACCCAAGCCCUCCAGAGCACAAGGCAGGAGUGGACGGAUGAGAGGCAAUCGAAAGUGUGAGACACGUGCUUGGGCGGUGUACGGGGCAGGGAAGCUUGGGGCUCGCUCUGAGUUUUGUUUGCCAGAAUUGCACCGAUGGUCAAUGCAGGUCCAGAUCCAGAGAGAAUCUGUAAUUUCUGUGGGCUUGGCAAGAACCUUUGGGAGAGAGGAUAUAUUUGUACACACUGAAUGGGGAGGAGAAGGAAGUCGUCUCCCAGCCUCCACCCUCACCUUCACCCUCACCCGUCUUGGUGGUGACCUUCCCCAGCCAUGCUUGCCCAGAGCCUCCGGGAUGCUUGGAGUUGGCUCCACAGACAUAAGAGCCAGCAAUGGAGGAUUCCACAGCCCUGGACUGUAAUGUAGAAAACUCCAUUCACUCAGGCAGUGUAGGAACAAUAAAAACAAGACUUGGGAGAAUAUUUUCCCUGGGGUUUGGUUAAGAAUCCCUCCAGCAGGGUAUUUGGAGUGUAGAUGAGAACCAGUAUUGCUACACCAGACAGAAUCAUUUGACUCUAAUGCUUGAAAAUUCUGACCUCUCUUCUGUGCUUCCUGGAUCACAAAUUAUACUGCCAGAGAGGGUCCUGGAGACCAUUUUGUCCCAGCCCCUGAAGACACGGUUGAGGGGAUCAAACCUGAGAUGGUGGCAGAAUCUGCAUUCCUUACUCGAAGACUCACAACAGACAAAUCAUUUCUACCCCCAGAGAAAGACAAUUCAAGUGACAGGGGCAAUCAGUCCUGGGCUCUGUUAUGAGCACAAAAGAUGACACUGGCUGGGUGGGUCUUCCAUUCCUGCUGGCCUUUCUCAGCAUGUUUUCACAUGCAUCAUCUCAUCUCUUUCCUAAAAAACCUCAGAAAUGAGGCUUGGCAGAGAUCGUUGCUCCCACUUGAAAGAAAACUGAGAACUAGAAGAAGGAACACUGCCUAAGGUCACUUACAGAGCCAGGACCCAGAGCGAGGCCUAGAAUAGAGUUGGCCAGGCUGCCCAUCACCGGCUCAUUCCACCAUCUUACACUGCCUUUGAGGGUUUUGAUGAAAUCUAUCACUUUGGUCAACCUUGGAGACAUGAGGAACACGCGCAGACCCGAGAUGAGUCAUCAUCUCCUCUCCCUUUCACAGGGUUUUGAGCAGGUGCUUUCUUACUUGAAAGGUAUGCAUGUCAAGCCAGGUUUUCUUCGUGUGGUGUUCAAAUGGGAAACUCUAACAUAAUCAGUAGUUACCAUUAGAAAUACCUCUUGACGAUCACUGUGAAAUCCGUUCUUGGAUCGUGUGGUGCCCUUGCAAUGUGUUUCCUGUGAGCUGGCUAAUGCUGACAGAAGAAUUUUUUGUCACGUUGGGAAGGCACGAAUCGUCCCUAGCUGUCCUAUGCUGGACCCAAGCUUUUGAGUGAUAGAUAGUUAUGACCAGAAAACAAAAACAACACAACAAAACAAAAAACAAUGAGUUCCAUUCUCAAAUUUCCUGGUGAGUUUUUCCCUUCUGCUUUAGUGAUAACUAAGUCCUGAGCAAACAGUCCCACUUUGUCGUGAGGCCAUCAUGUCACCCCUUCUGUGAUGGGGCCCAGGGGACCCAGAUGAAAGUCCCAGUUGGGCACAGGGUUUUAUUGAAUGGCCCUUCUUGAUUCUUCUGAGCACCUGCAGCCAGAAGACAAAUCUGAACAACUGGGAAUUAAGCAGAUAUUGGUUUGUCAUUCUGACUGGCUUUGUGUCUUAUAGGAGGAUGGAUUGACUAGGCAGGCAGGUGGAUGACAGGGCCAGUUGGGGCGAUCAUAGGCAUUGCUGUAGGGUUUUCAGGUUUCAGGCUGCUCCAAAGGUAAGUAAAUGUCAGUCUUGGCUUUUCAGACUAUUAAAGACGUACUUGUGAUGUUCAAAGCAGCAGGACCUGGUGACCUCAUUUCCUUUCUGGAGGAAAGUGGGGGGAAAUUGUUGAAUGCUUUAAAUGAUGUAAGAGUCCUUAAUGAGCCUGGAUGGAGAUAUGAGAGUGCUCCCUGAACCCUGCAGCCAGCUCCAUGUCACAACACACAGGCCAGAACCUGUAAGGAGCUGCCUUCUUCCCUAUAUGACUUGCAAAAAGAGUCAUAGAGGCUCAGGCAAGAAUCCAGGGCUGUCAGUUCUGAUAGAUGGUAACUGCCUUGUGGGGGGGGGGCACCUGUGUUCAGAUUCUUGAUUAUCUGACAGAGGCUGGUGCAGAAAAAUUAUAUCCCCGAGUGCCAAGAACCACACCAGACUGAAGAUAGAUCAGAAAAGAAAAUACAGCUGAAAUUAUGUCAGUAGUGAAAUGGCAUCCAACUGACUACACCCGAAACCUCUUUCUACAAAAUAUUUCCUGGAAGUAGUGACCGCACGAAGCAACACACACUUGAGUCGUGUGACCUGUUUGGAAGCAUUUAAUUAGGGAUUUUGUUUUUUAAAAAAAAAGAUGACUUCACCCUCCUUUUCAGGGUGUGUGUGAUUAUGUCCCGCUUUGAUAAGACUGCUAAUGGAUGGUUACCCAAAAGCAUAAGGAUUGAGGGAUACAAAGUACAGGUAAUUUUGAGCUGACAGCAACGUAUGCUCCUGAGAAAGGCGCCAUAAGUCAGAAUGAUGCCGGCCAAAUAUUGCUUUCCUGAGGAGAUGACACAUAUGUAACGGGGCUAUGAAUCUGACCAGGGCUGAGGUUUGCAGUUUUUUUCAAAAUGGAAAUGAUCCCAGAUAGCAUUGUGACUCACGUGCACACGGCAUGUGCGUGCGCUGCGCCAGGUACGCCUUCCCAGAAGCUAGCAGGACAACGCAGCCAUUGAUCCCACAUUGUUUUCUGUAGUUCCGUUUUACUUUAUUUUCUUCCAUCUCAUUUCAUUAGGAAAUUCCUCCAGAUCAGGGGUUGUGCAGUGCAGAAGGGUUUCAAGCCUGCAAGUCCCUAAGGCCACAAGCCCAGGAACCUUGGGAGUUAAGUUUUCCUGGGGAGGGAGGAUCUCAAAGGCACAGAAUCAUCCUGUGGAAGUCCAUGUCCAGGCCACUUCACUGGAGCAAGUCUAGGCUGAACUAUGGCCUUUAGAUCUGAGUCAAGACAGAAGGCUCCCCUCAGGCCUGACUUUCUCCUCUCAAGGCCUUCUCGGUCCCUGUUAAUACCACCCUUGUACCCAUAAUUGAUGUUAAAAAAUUCAUUAUGUUUUUUACUGUUUCAUUUCUGGCAUUAAUAAAAGUCUUAUAAGGGGGAA